UUAUAGAUAGUCUUCAAUUACAAUCUAUUGCUUAUAUAGAAUUGACUCAUCGACUUGAAGGAUAUGAAGUUGCUUUGGAUGCCAUUCAGAGAGCAAAAGCUUAUGAUCAAUUUUUGGAUAUACGGAUGAAGGAUAAAAAUCAAUCUUAUCGGAUCAUCGAAGCAAAAACUAAAGAAGCCUAUCAACAAUACAGACUUGCAUUUCGUCAGGGUUCGAUAAAUAAGAAACAGACUUCACAAAAAGAAAAUCAAUAUCAUCAACUUUUUCAACAACUUCAAAAAGAAAAACUGGAGUAUGAAUGUUUAUUUCAUGAAUAUUCUGUAGCAACUUUGAAGAGACUCGAGUUACAGAACCAGGUUCAUGAAUAUGAGUCAUAUCAACAGCAAUUAGAAUCCUUGAUUGAGAAGAUCUUUUCUGAGGAUCAUUCCUAUAGUGAUCAUGAGGCUCAUUUAUUACAUAAACUGGAUCAAUAUCAGACACAACGAAAAGAAUUGAUUAAACAUUUGUUAGGAGAUGUUGCCAAGGCUAAAGAUGAAUUCAUCCUUGCUAAGCCAGAAUUAGAACAAGCCAUCCAUGACUUGCAUCAAGCAAGACAAGAUGAUUCAUUUGAGUUGGUGAGUCAUAGUAUCAUGUGCUUACAACGUUUUCAAACAUUAUUGUCAUCCAAAUACUAUGAUUCAUCCGCUUAUCAUCAAGUGAUCAUCAAACUCAUGGAGAAAAUGGAGCAUUCACUUCAAAUAUGGACAAUAAUGAACGAGAAACAAAAAGAUGACAUCAAGAUCUGGAUACGACAAUUGAAUAAACUUCAAGUGUUAUUCCAUGAGCGGAUUGAAACAGUGACUAAAACUAUCAAUGCGUAUGAUCACAACAAGCUAAGGCGAUUGGAUCAAAAACAACGAGAUACACAGCAUCAAUUAUUUGUAGAAAGAAAAAGAAUCAUGGAAAGUUAUCUCUCUGGUGAAAGCAUUCUACAUCCACUUGCCACCAUUCCGGCCUACAAUAGUGAUUCCUCUCCUCCUGAUUAUCUUAGCGCUACUCCUCACUUUUCAUCUCUUUUGGAUCCUAUUUGACAUCAUCAUCAUCAUCAUCGUCGUCGUUAUAAGAAUAUAUUGUUGUAAACAGGAUUUUUUUUAUAUAUAUAUUCAUCAAACAUUAGAC